GUCUCCUGCAUUAGCAGGCGGAUUCUUUAGCACUGAACCACCUGGGAAGCCCUGGCCUUAUAAUAAAACGGCUCUUAAAAGACGCUUCAGAGACCUAAUGACGCUUUAAAACACUCAGGAUAGCUCUCAGGAAGCCCUGGCCUCUGCACUACUUCCCAAGGAGAAGGGUAGAGGUGUGACUUCCGCAAAGUCCCAUGUCUUUAUGUGGUCUUGUCCUAGGCCUUAUUUUGUCUUGUUAACCUGUCUUAUUCCCUCAGGUGACAUUUAAAGUUCCUUGAAGUUCUUCUCCAUGUUUGUAUUUUCAAAAGGCCUAAUAUAGGACCUGCAUAUUGGAGGCCCAUUGACCACAAAGGAGUGGCCAGACUGUGGUCCCCCUCCGGCAACCUGCAGCUUGUUGUGGCCUGUGGACAAGUGGGGGCCUCACGCAGCAGUGAGCACAGGCAGCCUGUGGCCUGUCCCCCAGCCGCCUUAGGUCCAGCCUUAUCCCCGGAAACCACGGGGGCGACGCGCUGGCCUGGGGAGUCUGGGGGCUGUAAAUCUCAUGGGGGCUAGCCUUCCUCAUGGCUCCUUUUACCUUCCUAGUUCUCCCUUCUCGGGAGCCUGCUUUUCCUCCAGAGAGAUGCCUGGGAGAAAAGGGAACAGCCAGCUUAUUCCUGAAAGCCAGACCUCAGGACCUGUUGACAUUUGAGGAUGUGGCUGUGGAAUUCACCUGGUGGGAGUGGGGUCAGUUGGACCCUGCUCAGAAGGACCUGUACUGGGAGGUGAUGCUGGAGAAUUUCAAGAACCUGGCCUCCCUGGGGUUUCCAGUGUCCAAACCAUAUAUGAUCCGCCAGUUGGAGGAAGGGGAAGAGCCCUGUAUUUUAGAGAGAGAAAUCUCAACAGGUGUUCACUCAGACUGGGAGAGAAGGCCUCAAGCCAAGGAAGCUAUGCUAAGUCAAGGACUUUCCAAAGAAGAAUUAUUGCAGAGAGCAUCAGUGGAGAAACAUAUUAGAGAUGAACUCAGGUCCUCCAAACUGAAAGCAACCUGUGGUUGGGAUGACCAGGUAGAGAUGCAUCCAAAAAAACAGGAGAGAUAUCUGAAAGAAAUGUCACUCACUCACAAACCUCCUCCCACCCUUAAGAGAGGUCAUGAAUGGAGUGAAUUUGGGACCGGUUCAGGUUUAAGAUCAGUCCCUAUUAACCAACACUGUGUUCCCACAGGAGAAGGAUACUAUAAAUGUGAUACAGCAUUCAGACAGACUUCAGGGAGAAGUAACUCUCGGAGAACUCAACCAGGGAAGAAAUCUUGCAAAUGCAAUGGAUGUGGGAAGUUGUUCCAUUUCCAGUCAGAACUUCGGCGCCAUCAGAGAUGUCACACUGGGGAAAAGCCGUAUGAGUGCAGUGAAUGUGGGAGAGCCUUUGGCCAUAUUUCAUCCCUUAUUAAACAUCAGAGAACUCACACUGGGGAAAAGCCCUAUGAAUGCAGAGAAUGUGGGAGAGCCUUCAGCCAGAGCUCCUCUCUCAUUGUACACCACAGAUUUCAUACAGGAGAGAAACCCUACAAAUGUAAUAGGUGUGGGAGAGCCUUCAGCCAGAGCUCAUCUCUCACUCAGCAUUACAGACACCAUACUGGAGAGAAGCCCUACAAAUGUAAUGAGUGUGGAAGAGCCUUUGCUCACACUGCCUCCCUUAUUAAACAUCAGAAAAGUCAUGCUGGGGAAAAAACCCUAUGAAUUCAGCCGAUGCAGGAAGGUUUUCAGCUGGAAAACAUACACCACUAAACCUCAGAGGAUAUACUGAAUUAUAUAUUAGAAAGAGAUCCUAGGAGUGCAGCGAAUGUGGGAAGACCUUUGGUCAGAGGACACAUUUUGCUCAACAUCAGACAGGACACACCAAACUGAAGCUCUAUUAAGAGGAGGUGGGCUUUCAUCAUACCACCUCCCUUAUCAAACACAAGAGAAUUCAAACCAGUAAGAAACUAUGUGAAUAUAAUGGAUUUGGAAAGGCUUUAGUUAGUGGGUCACACAUUCAACAUCAGUUUAUUAUUUUUAAGAUUUUUUUUUGGAUAUGAACCAUUUUUGGAGUCUUUAUUGAAUUUGUU